CGCAGAACGCGACGCGCCUGAAACCAGAGAAGAAGAAGAAGAAGAAGAAGAAGAAGAAGCGGCGGCCGGCAUGCUGCUGAAGCGUCCGAAGCUGCUGCUCGUCCCGCGGCUCCUCAAACACACCGCGGCGCGGCUCUCCGAGAAGAAGCUGAGCCGCUGUUUCGUGGAUCAUCGCCGGGUGAAGGUGGUGGCGGGGUCGGGGGGGAACGGAGCCUCGUCCUUCCACAGCGAGCCCCGGAAAGAGUGGGGCGGUCCGGACGGGGGAGACGGAGGAGCCGGAGGAGACAUCAUCAUCAGAGUGGACCAGCAGGUGAAGUCACUGUCCUCGGUGUUGACGGUGUAUCGAGGGAGAGAUGGAGAAGCGGGAAGCAGUGGGAACCGCUUUGGACGCAGCGCCAGCCCCAGCUACAUCACAGUUCCUGUCGGCACGCUUGUCAGAGAGGAGGGCAGGAUGCUGGCGGACCUCUUGCAGCACGGCCAGCUCUUCACCGUGGCGUACGGAGGCGCGGGGGGGAAGGGCAACCGGUUCUUCCUGUCCAAUGAGAACAGAGCACCGCUGAGAUCCACUCCCGGGGAGAAGGGUCAGGAGCGUGUGGUUCAGCUGGAGCUGCGCAGCAUGGCCCACGCCGCUCUGGUUGGCUUUCCGAAUGCAGGCAAGUCGUCUUUGCUGCGUGCCAUCUCUAAAGCUCGCCCGGCGGUGGCCGAGUACCCCUUCACCACUCUCAAACCUCACGUGGGCGUCAUCACCUACAGAGACUACCAGCAGCUCGCAGUGGCUGACAUUCCCGGGCUGAUUCCCGGGGCUCACCUGAACCGCGGGCUGGGCGUCUCUUUCCUCAGACACAUCGAGCGCUGUCGGCUGCUGCUGUUCGUGCUGGACAUGUCCUCCUCGGAGCCCUGGGAGCAGCUCCGGCAGCUGUGCUUUGAGCUGGACCAGUACGACCCUCAGCUGUCCCACAGGCCUCAGGCCAUCGUGGCCAACAAGAUGGACCUGCCGGGGGCCCGGGAGAAGCUGGAGGCUCUGAGGAGCCGCGUCCAUCAGACGGUCAUCCCUGUGUCUGCGCUGACCGGACACAACACAGGACAGCUGAUCCUGCUCCUCAGAGAGAUGUACGACAGCUAGGACCGCUUAGAAGACUGUCAGUCAUGACGACAUAAAGUCAUCUUCUGGGUCAGAAAGAUGAUGGUAUUUAAUGUAUUUUUUUACAAAUGAUUAAAUUAUGGUGAUUAAGUCGC